AUGGCUGUUCCUUCGUCGUACGAUGAUGUGAGACUUCAUUUUCAACAGAUCCAGGACGAUCCAUCCAUUCGUCUGGACCAGCCACUCCUUGACAAGCUAAAGUUAGAGCUGACGGAGGAUACGGACCGUAGAGUCCCCGCCACACUUCUGACGCACAUAUCACAACUUUUACCACUUCUUCAGGAAGACCCGUCUCCGGUUACUACCCUUGCAACCAAGGCCACUACUUACUUCAGUUUUACGGAACUCCGUUCUAUCGAUCCUCCGAUCGACUUUAUCGCAGGUUUCAAAGCACCGUCGCCACCCAUUAAUCUACUGGCCCUGUCGUUGCUGAGCAAAGCGGGAAAGGUUCCCAGUGACGCUGCCAUAGUCGCUGGUGACUCGAAAUUAGUCGCCUCCCUGGUGGACCUUUGGCUUUCCACUUCGUCAACGGCGGUCGCUCAAGCAGCCCUGGAUGCGAUAUGGGCUCUCUUAGAGAUAGAUCUAGCUAGCCCCUUGGAGAAUGGGAUAUCUCAUGAUGGCGAUGAAACAGUAGGAGGACAAGGCCUCAUGUGGAGAAGAAUGUUUACCGACAAGGGCGUCUAUGGCCGUCUUUUUUCAUUUUGCGACCUCGCCGACGAUACCCAGGGUAGCCUACCGAGACGCGAAAAGACGUUGGCGCAGGGCAGAUUGAUGGGGUUCCUCGUGAAAGCAGGUCGGCUGCGGUGGGAUAUCAUCUCUAGCUCCCAGAUUCCAGAGGUUGAGGCCAGGCACAGCAGCAAGAGCCUUCUACAUUUCGCCGCUUGUCAGAUGGUUGACCAAAGUGAUGUGCUGAUGCAUAUGACGUUGCUAAACUUCUUUCAUGACCUCCUGGAAAUUGACGCUCCGGGACUGAUGGCUCGAACUUUUGUACAGUCGGCGUCCACGUUUUCUUCACCCGCCCUUGAUUUUUUGAUCGCACACAAUCUGCAUACUACUCUUUUGGGAUAUUACUUGGAUGAAUCGAAGCUAGACCCUGUGGACCUGAAUUAUCUGUGCGGGCCGAUCAUGGCGUACGUUGCCCAGUAUGCCGAGCUGUAUCCUAACCAUUUCUUGCAAAAUCCGCAGAGUCUCUUGGAUCGAAUACUGUCUCGGAUCGCGGCAUCCUUGGCGAUCUCUUCUUCGCAGUGGGCACAUGGCCCAAUACCAAGUGGACAGCUGAAUGUUCUCUCUUGUCUUCCUCGAGUGAUGCUAGUUGAGGCAAGCAAGCAGGGUGUGAACCCUGUGCUUGCUUUGCCAACUAGCCCUGCCAGCAAAGAAGCGUUGGAUGCGUUAGGCAAGAUCCUCCAUGGACCAUCGAAACUAGACUUAACCGACUCGAUAGAGCUAAACGCGUCCGGUCAGACUCCUACGGACUGGCACAGAGAAGCUGCGGCAGCUCGGGUCCUAUACUUUAUGUACCUAAACCAUCGCUCAAGUUUCUGGACGGAUAUUGUAGUUGCUGCUGAUUUGUUGGCAAUGAAAGAUAUUUCUCUAGCGGCUAUAUCGCUUAUGAGGAGUAUCAUCACGGCAAACUGGCAUGUAUUGUCAAGCGACGUGACCUCUUCCGUCCCGGGCAGCACACGAUACCAACUCCCCUCUGAGGAAGGUCUAGGCCGUCUCUCUCCCGCCUCGCAGGGGAUGCUUCCUUCAUCGGGCGCAUGGGCAGCUCUAACGCCGCCAGCCUUGACGACAUUGUUGCCGUACCUUUUCAAACCGCCACGUUCGUAUGCCGAAUUUGUUGGCGGUGGAGCUGGAGACGUGCAGAAUGCGGUGUGGAAAGUCGCUACUGCGAAGUAUGAAGCCCUGGUGGCCUUAUAUGAAUGUCUCGGCGAUAUUGAUGAAACAGUGCCGGGAUUUGAGGAUAUCGUGCGAACACUCAAGCAACGAGUAAAUGAAGGGCCAUGGGGACCGGUGUUGCAAAAUGGGAGCCGGGUAGACACUUCCCACCUGCAGUCCAUGUCCCGAUUCGGAGCCAAAAAAGGCCGGAAGCUUCCCGGUGCAGAGUUCACCUGGGAUGCUGAUCCCAACGGCGAACCAGACACGGCGCCUACCCCUCUAUACCCUAAAUACGCCGUUCCGCGCGCCAGACCCCUCACCUCUCGCGAAAAGCUUCAGGUCAAUCUCUACCGUGACCUCCGCGAACGAUUCCACGAUGGUCCUUAUUACUCGGUGCUAGACACGGCGUCAUCCGCUGCCAAAAAAGGUAGUGCCGCGCGCGCCAACUUCGAUCCUUUCCAUGGAAUGCCUUCGUAUUCUGGCAAGUAUCAGAAGAAAAAGAGGGCGAUUCCGAGAAUGCAAGGUAGACAAUAUGUUUUGAAGUUCUUCCCGCGCGAACUAUGGCAGACUAUCCAGCCGAGUUUUAAACCCGAUGCCGCGAUGGAUGGGUACGUGUCGCAAAUGCCAAGGUUGGGGGUGAAACGGGGAUUUGAAGACGACGAUGAGGAGGAUGAUGAGGACGAUGCUGCGAAGAGGCAGAGAACGGGUGAUGAGGAUGGUGAGGGCGCAGAAAACGCGGAUCUUCUUGAAGGGGAUGAGGAACAGGAAGAGGAGGAGAUUAUCGACGAUGAUUUCGAGGAGGAUGAAGAUGAGAUGGGCGGGGAUUAUAAUGCGGAACAGUACUUUGAUGGCGGAGAUGACGAGUUUGGUGACGAUGGGUUCGGCGACGGUGGUGGAGGUGGGGACGAGGACACAUACUAA